AUGAGCCACUACGCGGUCGCGGGCAUCCUGUAUUUUCUGACGCACCCGAGUCUCUGGCUCACAACGCUCUGCCCGAUGAUCAUGACCAUCAUCGUCGGUAUCGUGUCGGUCGUUCUGCUCUUCAGCGCUGGCCUCUACCCGCAGGCGUACGGCCUUGAGGAGGCCGGUCUCUCGGCGACGUGGGCGUGGGUCCUCGCCAUCUUCCUCGUCGUGCUCGAGAUCUUCCUCGUCGUGCUCAUCUACUCGCAAACGUGCACGCCGUGCUUCAUGGAUGCCAUCUUUGAGAAGACGCUCAAGCUGCGCGGCUUCACCGAGCUUGUCGACAACAGCGAGGCGCACUCGGGCUGCGGGCGCGCGUGCCGCGCGUGCUGCAAAGUGAGCUGCCUCUCGCAGAUCUUCAUUUUGAUUGUGACGUUUCCGCUCAACUUUAUCCCGAUCAUUGGCACGAUUGCGUACGUGUACCUCAACAGCCGCUUUAAGGCCUGGGAGUACCAUCUCUUGUACUUUGAGAUGCGCGGCAUGAAGUACGAAGACCAAAAGGCAAUUGUCGACGCACGCAAGCUCGAGUACGCGUCGUUUGCUGAUUCCGUUUUUCGGCUUCCUUUUUUGUUUACGAACACGGUCGGCGCCGCGCUCUUCGCCGCCGACAUUGAAGAGAGUCUGCGGGCGGAAGACCACGGCAAUGUCCACGCGUCGGCCGCCAAGGUGGUCUAA